GCAUCGACAAGCAACAACAACGAAUACAGAUAUUCCGUCACCAAUCUUUGUAGCAUCGUACAAGGACCAAAAUAGAAUACUUGAGAAAAAUAAUACAAAUCUAAAAACUAUAGCAAUGUCUGCAGACGAGAAAGCCCCCGAUACCGGCAACGAGCCAAUUACCAUUCGAGUCCGUGACCAGGUGAGCGAAAUAAAUUGUCUUGGCAACGACGGGAUUGGGCGCUUGCUGCCAGUUGCUUGCCAACCGCUUCCUUCUACAUGGGCUCCCGUUUGGCUUUUCCUUUGCUUGGUUGUUUGUGCAACUGAGAUUGUCUCGCGAAGAUUUCGUUUCAUUGAGUGAGAAGUUCACAUGCGUUGAUUUGACGGGAACCCAGUAACGUUACUGAACCAGCGACCAGGAGUUUGAAGAAGAUCCUCAUUUUUUAUGGAACCAGAACGACAACUACCGUGCAUUACACAUACAUAUUGUGUUCCGACCGAACACCACAGCCCUUCUAACUGAAUUAUGAUUCGUUUCGCCCCGUUCUUUCCACACGAUACGCAACACGACACGACACACACACCGCUCGCUUCUGAAGACCGGAGAAGAAACAUUCUUUAAGAUCAAAAAGACAACCAAAAUGUCCAAGGUAUUUGGAACCUACGCAAACCGAAAGGGAGUCCAGCUAUCUUCUCUUCGUUUCCUUUUGGACGGAGAACGCAUCGAACCCGAUCAGACGCCAAAAAUGCUAGAAUUGGACGACCAAGACCAAAUCGAUUGCAUGCUGGAACAGUCCGGUGGAUGGUAACAUUGUUUUGAAUAGGACCUG